CAGAGACUAUGUACGCUGCAACCCCGUACGCUUUUGCGUUUAGGGUAAUGCUGCUGAUUUAAACCAGGUUAAGGGCUAUUUCCUGUGGUGGCCACUGUGCACGCGUUGUUCGUUGGGUGCACGCGCAGUUGCACUUCUGCUCCUAUCGAUAUCUUCGCAGAGGCAGCGGAGCAGCAGCUGCGGCUGAAUCUUGGGUAAGAAGAGGCCUCCCUGCGAGCGGAAAACUACCUUUAUCGCAUGCUGCGGUAAUAUAGCCAUUUAGCGACUUCUGCGCGUGACUUGCUGCGUUGCACGCAUCUGCGCCGGGUCCGGGCGGUACCCAGGACGCCAAGUCAACGCGGGGAGCGUUUCGGUGCGUUCCCGACAUGCGUUCUUUCCGCGUACCCCGUUCAUAUUGCUACGCGAUAGUAUUUCCAAUGAGAGGAGGGCGCCACCUGCUGCCGUAGUGACUGGUCGCACUCUGUAUGGGCUCCGCAUUUCGAACCAUCAACGAGCGGUUCCCCUGCCUUCUCACCACUGAAAAUACCAUAAAACGACGCAGCUCGGCGAGCGGCAUCGAUCGAGCCCAAUUUCUGCAAGAUCUGGUGAGAUCCUCGCAUUUUAUUGGCUUUGGAAGUUCUGGACCACCGACGCCGCCGCGCUGGGCCUUACCUGCGUUCACCUCGCCAGCCUAGACGCGGGCGCGCGUCCUUUCCAACGCCAAUUUACUCCGCUCAGAUGGAGACCGACGACACCCGCUCCCCUGACACGAUGGACGCCGACGCUUCGUCCGGUCAGGCCGAGGACGACACCCACUGGUUUCUCGUCGCUCGGAAAAAGAAACGCUUAGCAGAAGCUACUGCGAACUUGCCACCUCCUCCGACACCCGAAGCACCGCGCAAGAGGAACGCGCGACUCCCGCCACUGCCUGUCGACGACUACAAGAUUGUGUUCCGCCCGAGAGACGGCCUAAACCUCGGUGCGUGGCCUCAUACUUCUGUUGCCCGAGCCAUCGGCAUAGCAGCGGGGCUGGACAGCGCCGUGCUCAACGAGCUCAUCAUUCGUAUCCGCACUGAACAAAAUCUUGCGGUGCUCAGCACACCGGACGAGAACCUCGCGACACGGCUGCAGAAAGUUCGAUUCAUCUCCAUGGGCGUCACUCAACACGCCGUCCAAGCGUACGUAGCCGCCCCAGACAACUCCUGCAAGGGUGUAGUCUCAGGCCUUGAGCCCAACACCACUACGACGACGCUGCUAGAAAACCUCCGCUGCUCAGGAGCCCCUGUCUUACACGCUCGCAUGAUGGGACCUACGAAUACGGCCCUGAUCACAUUCUCCGGCACCCACGUACCCCGCGACGUCCGUAUGUACGGAGCAGAACUCCGCUGUCACGUAUACCGACCGCGCCAACAGGUGUGUAGCUUGUGCUUGUCGAUGGGCCAUCGGGCGGACGUCUGUCCCACGCCCGACAAACCCCGUUGCCCGGCGUGUGGCAUCUCAAACCCACCAAAGGAACAUGAGUGCACACCUAAGUGUAUUCACUGCAACGGCGCUCAUCCCGCUACUGACCCUCGCUGUCCAUCGCGUCAACUGCCGCAACACAACAAAUCGCGCGUGCUUCCUGAAAAAAAAAAAAAAAAAAAACAUAAGGACGAGCGCCCCCCGCCCGGAUCAGCGCAAGGCCAGCCUGGGACGACUACUCAGCAGAGCGCUCAGAAAAAUAUGACCCAAGUAGCAACGACGCCGGGGAACUCGGCGGAGAACCCCUGGACUAGAGGACGCAGCCGCAGUCGCGGAUCACCCGGGGAUCGCCGCCAGACUGACCGGAGUCGCUCCAAGGGCCACUCCAAGGGCCGGACUCCCAGUACCAGCCGUUCGAGGGACCGCGGCCAUAAAGGAGAAGGAUCUGCCAAGAAGGAGCAGGCGGUAAGCUGGGCAGCGCAGUUCCCACCUCUGUCUCCCUCUCCACAUCUCCGCACCCCUUCAGUCACACAACACGCUAAACCUAAACCCAUGCCGCAACCCAUGGUGACCGACAAUGAGCCGCAUCUUAAUGACUCUGCACAAACCUCUCGCACCAACUACUGUACACAACAAGCACUGAACGAAAUGGCCGUCUCUCUAAAGACAGAAUUGGUUGCCAUAAUGCAGGCAGAAAUGCAAAAAAUGAAGGAGCUCAUUAUGGCUGAAGUCACAGCGCCACUUCAACAGCUAAUACAACAGGCCCUGCAACCUGCUGUCCAGCAGAUAGUGGCCGAUAUUAAACAUCAAAUAGCGGCUUCACUUGGCCAAUUUUCGAUCCCUCCGCCUCCAUCCAAACGCUCCCUGUCCCCUUCACGUGAAACACAAAGAUCACAUCCUUACCUUCGUCCUGCCCGAUUACCGUCACCGGACCGAAAACCCGCCUCACUGGGCCCGGGACACUCACUUCCCGGCACCUCCCAUGCAGGCCGAUGAGCCGCCACCCGGACAGUCCCCGGGUAUAAAACACAAAUAAUACUUGAUCAUGGCCAGAAACUGUAAAGGGACACGCGCUACCCCCCAACUCCUAAGCGUGUGGCAAUGGAAUUGCAGGGGCUACAGCCGGAAACGCGGAUACCUUACGCAAUUCAUUGCCACACAGCACCAUCCCCCCGAUGUAAUAGCGUUGCAGGAAGUGCAUUGUACUCCUACAAUUCCCGGCUACAACACACACACAGACACAAUAAAUAGCAACACACCACACCUCACAGCCACUUUAGUGUCCAAACAUUUGACCGUUAUCGAACACACCCUCGAAACCUCACCCAUACCGCAUGUACUUCUCGAAUUGAUCCCGUGCUCUCGCUCCCAUAGCAGCCUGUUUGUGCUUAAUAUCUACAGCGCACCUAAUGCGAGGAAGCAUGAGUUCGGACAUCUUUUUGCACAUCUAUGCAAGGUGGCUAAACAGAUGGUCAUUGUAGGCGACUUCAAUGCCCCGCACCCGGCCUGGGGUUACCAAACAGAAACACCGAAAGGACGCCGGCUUGCUCAAGUUCUUGCGUUACAUCGCAUGACUCUGCUGACAGAACCAGAUCAGCCAACACGAUUAGGCAACAGCGUAAGCAGAGACACGUGCCCUGAUCUCACCAUGGUCAGAGGGGUAGGUCAACACUCUUGGCGCAAUCUCGUGAAGAACUUGGGCAGCGACCAUUACAUUCUAGCUACUGAACUGCAGGUACAACCAACACGCACUCCUGAACGUACUGUUAAGCUAAUCAAUUGGGAUAAAUUUAGGCGUAAUCGGUCCUCCCUAGCUCCUCAGGACACCCUCUCCCUUCAGGAGUGGAUCAAACAACUCCAAACUGAUCUAAAAAGGGCAACUCAACACAUCACUGCGACAACAGACACCCGACGUGGAUCUCCAUUUGCUCCAUCUCUGGGAGGCCCGUAGAGGCCUGACCCGGCGGUGGCGGCGGCAAAAACAAUCGGAAACUUCGUCUGCGUAUUGCCCGCCUAACUACGGAGGCAGAUGACUACGCGAACACCCUCACUAAUAACAAUUGGCAUAGCCUUUGCGAUCGCCUCAGCGGCACCCUAAGCACACCUCGGACCUGGUCGCUACUCCGCGCAUUAUUAAACCCUACGCAAACCAAAAUACACACUAGCAACAGAGUCCGCACCAUCCUCCACAAAUCAGGCCUCGAUGACACUACUCUACUUCACACUCUACAGCAACGCUACAUUGCUACAGGAACCCGCCCCACCUACAGAGACUACCCACACAUAGACGCCACCUCCCUAGACGCCGAUAUUACAGAAGCCGAGGCUAGGGCGGCCUUACAGGGUAUUAGGCGCAACACUGCACCCGGGGAUGAUGGGAUUCAAUACACACUCCUACGCAACCUAGAUGAUGGGGCCAUUAAAGACUUGACUGCAUUCUACAAUGACCACUGGAGGAAUGGCACGCUUCCGCAGGAAUGGCGCCAUGCGGACAUCAUGCUAAUUCCUAAGCAAGGCAAGCCACUGUCCCUCCAGAAUCUCCGACCUAUAUCCUUAACUUCAUGUGUAGGUAAACUCUUCGAGCGCGUUGUACUUUCGCGGCUACAACCCUUCCUCGAAGACAGCCAAUUCUUUCCGGAUACACUCUUCGGCUACCGCCCUAACCUCUCUGCGCAAGACAUUUUGCUGCAGCUUAAGGAGGACAUUGUGGAUGGCCCCACUACGGCACAAACCAGAGCUAUUCUGGCCCUGGACCUCAAAGGGGCUUUCGACAACGUCUCCCACGAUCUAAUUCUCGACAAUCUGGCUUCUUCCCAAUGCGGCACACGUACCUAUAACUAUGUCAGAGCUUUCCUGUCGGACCGCACAGCCACUAUUGGCAUAGGAGAGCUCCGGUCGGACGUCAUCGCACUCGCAGGUAGAGGAACACCACAGGGCUCGAUCUUAUCGCCCACCCUCUUCAACGUGGCUAUGGCUAACUGCCCCCCUUACUAGACCAGAUACCCGCCAUCCAGCACGCUCUCUAUGCCGACGACGUUACGACCUGGGCAACCCAGGGAUCCGACGGGGCCAUCCAGGAUGCUCUCCAGGAAGCUGUACGUGUCGUGCAGAACUAUGCAGCCACGGAAGGCCUUUCCUGUGCAGCCGAAAAGUCCAAAUUGCUCCUCGUGCACAGGCGGCGCCGCAGAACCGACGAAUCCCCUAAUAUCUCCCUGUUCUUACACGGCAGCCCCAUCCCUCAGGUAGCUAGACUCCGCAUCUUGGGCCUCCACAUUCAGUCGGAUGGCAAAGCCUCGCACACUACGCACCUUUUGGGUCAGCAGAUAGCACAAGUCACACAUAUGAUAAACCGCAUUACUAAUCGUAGAAGAGGCCUUCGCGAGAAAGACGUCCUCCACAUAGUACAGGCUCUGAUAAUCAGCCGGCUCACAUAUCACCUCCCUUAUCACAAUCUCACCCUCACUCAAACUCAGAAGAUGGACGCCCUUCUGCGGAAGGCAGUGAAAGCGGCUCUUGGGCUGCCUCCACAUGUUUCCACAAAACGGCUUCUUCAGCUUGGUAUCCACAACACCGUAGGCGAGCUUUUGGAGGCUCAUCGCAAUGGUCAGCUCCAACGUCUCAGACGCAGCCGUCAGGGCUGCGCUAUACUUUCUCGCCUUGGCUACCCUGUCCCUGAAACACCCACACACGUCCCACAAUAUCGCCUCGCUCCUGCUCUACGCGCUAGCAUACAAGUAGCUCCAAUUCCCCGCAAUAUGCAUCCCGAGCGACACGCCGGCCGUAGACGCGCCUGAACUCGGGCCCUGGCACGCAUUUUUGGAGACCGCACCACAAUUACACCGGUUUUGUACACGGACGCGGCCCGCUACCCAGAGAGGCGGGCCAUGUGUUUAGCUGUAACUGACAAUACAGACGCGCUUAGGGUGUGUGCCACAGUUUUAACAACGCACAGCUGCUCAGCAGAGGAAGGGGCAAUAGCCCUGGCCAUUGUCCAUGCCUCGACCCUCUCCGCACAAGACACCCCCAUCACCAUAGUGACAGACUCGCAGGCUGCCUGCCGGGCCUUCGCGCAAGGACUCGUGACUGCACACACACAUCGAAUUCUCUCCUCUGUCCCCCCUCCCACGUUACACAGCGUGCGUAUCGUCUGAACUCCUGGACACGCCUCUCGCCAUGGUAAUGAACGCGUUAAUGCGGUAGCCCGAGGUCUGACUGGCCGGGCACCAUCGGAAGAGCUGUCCAACCCAGACGACGCACCGCCAGAGCCCCUACAUUACACUGAGACGCUCGAGUACUACCGACAAAGUCGCCAUAACUAUCCCCCUCCUCAUCCUUCGCUUAAUAGAGCAGAUACCGCUGUCUGGCGGCAACUGCAGACCAAUUCAUUUCCUUGUCUCCACAUACUACAUAUCUUUCAUCCCACCCUGUACCCUUCCUAUUGUCCCCACUGUGGGGCCAAACCCACGGUGUAUCACUCCAUAUGGGAAUGCCCUAACCCUUCAGGUGUUCCUCCUAUACCCAACCCUACCCUUUCCUCUUGGGAGUCUGCGCUGCUCAGCACAAGCCAGCAGGAACAGCAACGGCUGAUCCAGCGGGCUCGCGAAGUCGCGCAUGGCAAUGGAGCCCUGGACUGAGGGCCCCACUCAUCGAGGAAAUUUUCUACUCGCUUUACGAAAUAAAUGUUUAUUCUCUCUCUCUC